AUGAGGCAGAAUACACCACCUGUUUUUUCUGAUCUUUUCAUGCUGGCAGCUUAUCUGCGCAGAGAACUGGAAAAUAAAAAGACCAUCUUGCUCUAUGCCUAUAAUGGUACAGGGAAGACUCGACUGUCGAUGGCGUUUAAAGAUGCAGGUAAAAAAACGAUUCACCGCCCUUUUUCGGUUGGUGAUCAUGUGGGCCAGCCGCUUACAAUUACCGAAACGACCGGAGAUACCUUAUAUUUCAACGCAUUCACUGAAGAUCUGUUCCAUUGGAACAACGAUCUAGAAGGUGAUGAGGAUCGCCGAUUGCUGCUCAACAGGGAUUCGCGAUUUUUUCGGGGAUUGUUUGAGCUGGAAAUGGACAACCGUAUACGCCCGUUAUUGCAGCGUUAUACAGACUUCGACUUUCGAAUUGAUACAGAAGAAUGGGCGAUACGCUUCUCACGAACUGUAGAUGGUCAAAUCAUUGAUAACAUCAAGGUUUCACGAGGAGAAGAAAAUAUCUUCAUUUGGUGUUUCUUCUUAGCUAUCGUACAAUUAGCACUUGAUGGUGCAGAUGCUUACCAGUGGGUAAAAUAUAUCUACAUAGACGAUCCUAUAUCCUCACUGGAUGAGCAUAACGCUAUCACAGUUGGUAACCAUCUGGCACAACUAUUGAACAAAGCUGAUAACCCGUUGAAAGUGAUGAUCUCAUCCCAUCAUCCAUUAUUCUUCAAUGUCAUGCACAAUGAACUUGAUGCUCGUAAAUCCAGAAAGGUUGCAGCCUACUUUUUAUCAAGAUCACGGAUUGAUGGUAGUUAUUCCCUGACUUAUACAGGCGCGACACCAUUCUUUCAUCAUGUUGCGAUACUAACUGAGUUGUAUAAAGCGGAGCAAUCAGGUGAGUUAUAUACCUAUCAUUUCAAUAUGUUACGUUCAGUUCUGGAAAAAUCAGCCAGCUUCCAUGGUUUUUCAAAUUUCUCAGCCUGCAUUGCGCAGGAUGUUGAUGACCCCGAAAGGAUUUUGCAUUCGAGGCUCAUCAAUAUUUUAAGCCAUGGAAACUAUUCGCUUUUCGAGCCUCAACCUAUGCUCGAAGAAAAUAAAACUUAUUUCAGAAAGAUUUUGCAUGAUUUUCUGAAACGCUAUCCAUUUAAUCCUGAUUUAUUUCCUCAACAGAUUGAGGAAGGUGAAAAGAAACUAUGA